CAAAUUGAAGUCGUAUGAUGUGAAUUUUCCUGUUGAAGCUUCACAGCUCAGCACAGUGUUCCUAAAACUGGACAGUAUGUACUAAAGGGCUGUUAGCUAGUUUGUGGUGACCCACAGGCAUGUGCCUGGCGCUGCUCAGGGCCACCCCUGCAGCUGAGACUCCCCUCAGCUUGAGCUCCACUAACCUCCCUCAAACACCAUGGAUCCUGAGCAGCAGACCAGCCAUCUGCCUCCUGCUGGUGCCCCAUCCCAGCCCAGUGCAGAAUACUUCUCAUGGGAUCAUCGCCUCCAGCUUAUUGGCCUCGGCUUUACCUUCUAUACAGCAAUAUUUCUCCUCUCCCACCUCCUGUCUGUGGCACUGUCCGGCACCUACAGGUCCCUGCUAGCUAAAGAGAAGGUUUUCUGGAACCUUGCAGCAACUCGGGCAGCAUUCGGCAUCCAGAGUACUGUAGCUGGUCUCAGGGCAUUGACUGAGGACUCUGCAUUAACCAGAGACAAAGUGAGGGGACAAGAGGACUGGUCAUGGUUCAAUGUCCUCACAGCCACGGGUUUCUUUUUGUUUGAGAAUGUAGCAUUGCAUGCCUCCAGUGUGGUAUUUUGGUCAUUUGACCUCCCACUGGCAACGCACCAUUUCUUCGCCCUGUCAGGAUACGCAGGGGCGGUGGUGUGGGAUUCCCUGGGCCACUUCUUGCCAAUGGUUACGCUGCUGCUGGAGAUGAGCACACCAUUCACAUGUAUAUCCUGGAUGUUACUGAAGGCCGGCUGGGCCCGCAGCCUGUUUUGGCGAACCAACCAGUGGGUGAUGAUCCACAUGUUCCACUGUCGCAUGGUGCUCACCUACUACAUGUGGUGGGUAAGUUUGACCCACUGGAGAGAGCUCAUUACUCAUGUGGCCCUACCCCAAAUCCUGCUUUUCUUCUCCGGCCUGGCUCUGCUCACAUUUAUCAUCAACCCCAUCUGGACGCACAAAAAGACCAUGCAGCUGCUCAACCCUGUGGAUUGGAACUUUGGAAACAAACCGGCACCCGUCAAUGGAUCCACACAGGGCCAGUCCGAGGUUUCUGUCAAACCCCAUGCUAACUGAAGAAUACCAAGGAGAUCAUUCCCUGCCUGAAUGAUGCUAUGUUUUUUAUUUGUUUUCCUUGAGUGUUUUAAGAUUUAUUUUAUCAGAUUCAGACUUUUUUUUUUUUUUUUUUUUACACAUUUGGACCCUAAGUCCUUGUGGUAUUGGGACUUAACUUAUUUAAAAAGCUCUUAAAAGUUGUCUGGUAUGACCUAGACAAAAAGAGAUUACAUUGUCUUCCAUCAGGCUUUCAGACAGUUAUCAUGCCGAUAAGUAUUUGACAGUCCAGAGGAAAGAAUAUUAAUUUUCCGUCUGGGUAGCUUUUAAUAGGUAGAUGUGGUUGUUUAUGUAUGAAUGGGAAGCUGCUUGUUUGCAUCAUUUUGAGGACGCUGCGAUUGGUUAUUUAUUCACAAUAAGGAAAAAUACAUGUGAGCAGUUCUUGCAAGAACCAUUCAGAAGCAAAAACACAAAUUAAAACAUUGUUUUAGCAAAAAUAAGCUUGUGGACAUAAAUAUUUUGAAUUUUAAGUUGAAAGCAACACAACAAAAUGUGAGGCCACUAUACACCUACCUUAUGUAGAGAUUUACAUCCUGUCCCGAUUAAAGAAGCAUUGCAUUGUCUGCCCACAGCUUCUUCUGUUAAUCUGUUGCUAUUGAUAGAUUGUUUCUAUUUAUGUUGCAGGUAAAAGAAACCUUGUAGUAACAUGUUGUUUGCUUGAGGAUACGAUAUGAGUGAAACAGAGGAGGUUAUGUUUUCAGUGAUCAUAGAACAACUCUGAAGUGAAGCAACAUCGAGAAUGUGACUUUGGUCAUGCACAGCUCCAUUGUUGCAACAUAGUUAAUCAGCAAUGAUUGGGCAGCGUAGGCUAGAAAAUUGGGUCAAGACUGAGGUUCUACAGGUUAGUAGUUGUAGCUAUUAAAUGCUAAGUGGACAAUUCGAUAAGUCAGUUCAUGAGUCACACUGGUAGUUUUUUGGACCAUGAAUCCUCUUUAAGCACAGAGGGAAAUGUUUAUCAUGGUUGUUUUCAUGAAAGAAAUUUCUAAACAGAAGAACACUGAGGACUGGUCAACUUUACAAAGGCUCUAUUGUCCAAAAUGGAGAUGCAAUGUGAUGAAACUGUGGCAGUGUUACACAGUAUUACCAUGCAACAUUUCGAUCAUGAUUUAUUUGAUAUUAUGAAUCAAGUUACUUUAAAUUAGAAGUGUUUAAUAGUGUUUAGUAGAUGUUUAUUUCUACUCAUGUCAGAUCAAAAUGUCUUAAGUUUGUUUUUUUCACACACUGACCACAUUGUUCUGGAAAUGAGGGUUGGAUUUGUUCAUUGUCAUAUAACUAGCAUAAGAUGUUUUUGUUUGCUUGGAUGAGUAUGUUGGAAGCAUUGUCUGAAUCUGAUUGUCACUCAGCUGCAAACUUUCAGAUUCUUUUUAAUUUCUCCCAUUUCUCACUGUGUGGGUUUUAACAUUGCAGAAUUAACAUUGCUACUGUAGCCCUCAUCUAAUUGUGUUUAUAAACUCUACAAUUUUAGAUGUUUCCAUUUUAAACAUUAGUAUUAAUCUAGAUUAAUCUUUUGCAUCUGUAGGAUACAUUUCAACUCCUGGAAUUGGGGCUGAGGGAAGUUAUCUGGCGUAGUAAAUAAAUGAGUUCACUGCUAAGGUUAAUGAACAGUUGAAGAUAUUCAAAAAGGCCUUUGCAGGGCCAUUUUAUUACUCACUGUUUAUUCUAAGAAGCAGAUUUCCUGAGUUAUCUGUAUAACUUUGCUGAGUAAAAUCUAGAUGCCCCUCGAAUCUGAAACCUGGACUGAUAAAGAACUUUGUCGAGUUUGACUCAGCAGCAUAAUCAAGAUAACUCUAAACCUGCCUCAUGAAACAGGUCUUGGGACGACUAAGAUGAAACCACACAUUGUCUGGUGCAUUGUACAUUAAGUGUAUUUACACUAGAAGUAUUUUCAUUAUUUUAGUAACAGUUUAACAUUUAUUACAAAAAUUACUAAUAUCAGAUUGUGUUAGAUUUUCCUAUAGCUUUCAUUUGUCAUGACCACAUUGAAGUAACUUUAUGAGAUGGGUGGAGGUUUCCCUUUUUAGUUUUAUGUCUUAGGCCAAAAUAUUCAACGUCAUGUUUUUGUUGGGAAAUGUGUUCAUUUGAGUUUAUUUGACUUUGAGACUUUGACAUAAAAUAAAAUGUUUGUUGACAUA